AUGGCCCAUGUUCAGCCUGUAUUUCCUGGUCAAACCUUGGUGGUUAGAACAGAUGUGGCAAGAUUGAGAACCCUGGAUGACCUUCCCUGGGGGACUCCAUUAGAGCUUUUGUUAUUAAGAACUGUUUUUUGUUGUUGUUGUUUUUCAGAGAAUGCAGAAUCUAUUGACCUUAAGCAGUUCUUUGACCAACAUUUUUCACAUAUAUACUAUGUGUUUUUUGAAAAUUUUGUGACUAUUGAAGCUAGUCUUAAACAGAAAGGCCACAAGUCUCAAAGAGAGGAAUUGGAUGCUAUACUUUUUAUUUUUGAGAAAAUUUUACAACUUCUUCCAGAAAGAAUUCAUCAGCGAUGGCAGUUUCAUAGUAUUGGGCUGAUUUUAAAGAAACUACUUCACACGGGAAACUCCUUAAAGAUCAGACGGGAAGGUGUUCGUCUCUUCUUGUUAUGGUUGCAAGCUCUUCAAGAUAACUGCAGCAAAGAACAGCUCUGGAUGUUUUCAUGCUUAAUCCCUGGAUUUUCAGCACCACAAUCUGAAUAUGGACCUCGAACUUUAGAUAAUCUUAUUAAUCCUCCACUCAACCUUCAAGAAACUCAAGUAACUAUAGAGGAAGUCACCCCUCUUGUUCCCCCGCAGUCAGGAGAUAAAGGACAAGAAGACCUCACAAGCUAUUUUCUUGAAGCACUUUUAAAAUACAUAGUAAUUCAGGUAAAAAGUUUAGAAUGGAAAAACAAAGAAAACCAAGAAAGGGGAUUUUCAUUUUUGUUUUCACAUUUUAAGAAGUUUUACUUGCCUUAUAUUUUCCCAAACAUCUGCAAGGAGAAUAGUUUAUAUCAUCCUGUACUUGAUAUCCCACAGAUCAGACCAAAGCCUCAUUAUGUGAUGAUAAAGAAGGAUGCUGAAACCAAUGAAGCAAUAUAUUGUACAAAAGAGCCUUUCAUCCAAGCUCGGGUUAUUGUCAUUCGUUGGCUGGUUUCUUUCUGGCUGGAGCCAAAACCACAUUCAGGACCUAAUAUUCCUGGGAUGGAAGGUGAAGUCUUGCCAAAGAAUAUUCAGAGAGCAGCUGCUAGUUUGGUAUCCAGAGAAGAAAACAAAAAUGAUAAUGUUGAUAAAGCAGACAAAACUACAGAGCCAGAACAAUCUCAUUCUAAUACAAGCACUCUCACAGAGCGAGAACCUAGCUCCUCUAGUCUCUGUAGCAUUGACGAAGAACAUCUCACAGACAUUGAAAUUGUUCGAAGAGUGUUUUCAUCUAAAAGAAGCAAUGUAAACUUUGUCACAGAGAUAUUUCGCCAGGCAUUUUUAUUACCAAUUUGUGAAGCAGCAGCUAUGAGAAAAGUGGUGAAAGUGUAUCAAGAAUGGAUUCAGCAAGAGGAAAAGCCUUUGUUUAUGCAAGAGCCUGAAGAACGUGUGCUUACUUCUUCAGAUAUACCUUGCCUCGAAAAUGUCACAGACCAAGACAUUUCAAUAGAAGAUGGAGAAAAAAGAGAAGAGGAAAAUGGGACCAAUAUUUCUGAGCAUGUUCGAAAUUCUAGUUGGACCAAAAAUGGUUCCUACCAAGAUGCUUUUCAUGCCUCUGAAGAAGCCACAGAACAAAAUAUUCAAGCUGGUACACAGGCAGUUUUGCAGGUGUUCAUUAUAAACUCAUCAAACAUAUUUCUUCUUGAACCUGCAAAUGAAAUAAAAAAUCUUUUGGAUGAGCACACAGAUAUGUGUAAACGUAUUCUUAACAUUUAUCGAUACAUGGUUGUACAAGUAUCAAUGGACAAAAAGACCUGGGAACAGAUGCUGCUCGUGUUACUCAGAGUCACGGAGUCUGUGCUGAAGAUGUCAUCACAAGCUUUUCUACAGUUCCAGGGGAAAAAAAACAUGACCUUGGCAGGUCGACUUGCAGGACCACUUUUCCAGACACUCAUUGUUGCCUGGAUCAAAGCAAAUCUCAAUGUGUACAUCUCUCGAGAACUUUGGGAUGACUUACUUUCAGUAUUGUCAUCAUUGACCUAUUGGGAAGAAUUGGCCACUGAGUGGUCUCUGACCAUGGAGACGCUAACUAAAGUUUUAGCUAGGAAUUUAUAUAGUUUGGAUCUCAGUGAUUUGCCAUUGGAUAAGCUGAGUGAACAGAAACAAAAAAAGCACAAAGGGAAAGGAGUUGGACAUGAAUUUCAGAAAGUUUCAGUUGACAAGUCAUUUUCUAGAGGAUGGAGUCGUGAUCAACCUGGCCAGGCACCCAUGAGACAAAGAAGUGCAACAACCACUGGGUCCCCAGGAACUGAAAAGGCAAGGAGUAUAGUACGGCAAAAAACUGUUGAUAUUGAUGACACUCAAAUCCUUCCCCGCUCAACCAGAGUCAGACAUUUUUCACAGAGUGAAGACACUGGAAAUGAAGUUUUUGGAGCUUUGAAUGAGGAACAGCCAUUGCCUCGAAGCAGCAGCACUUCUGACAUCGUGGAACCAUUCACUGUUGAGCGAGCCAAAGGUGCAGUUCCUGUCGUUGACAGUUCAUCCCGUCAUGCUCCGAGCUUGCAGACUUCCACAGAGGCUUCUUCAAUAACUAGAUCCACUGAAAGCUACAGCACUGAUACUCAUAGUAGAGAGUCUUCUCUGGAAGUUGGUGAUAGCAUAUAUGACCAUCUUUGUCAUUUAAUAGGUCCAGUAGAACUUGCAGAUGCAGCUUUCGAACAAAUCCAGUACAUUGACCUUGAAGGAGACGAUGAUCUUCUUUCUUCCCUGAAAGAAUACUUUAAGGAAAACCAGGAAAACCAUAGUAAAAAUGAGCUAGGUAAAGAUACAGCUUCUCAGAAGGUGAUUAUUGCAGUAACUAGAGAUGAAAUACCAUCUUUAGAUAAACUAGAAUACAUAGGCCAGGAAAUAAAAUCAGAAAAUCUCAUGUCUUAUGUUGGGACUCCUGAAAAUACACCAUUUCAAAAAGAACCAAGCUCAGCUGUCUUCACAAGUACUCUUGCACCUAACCAGUCAGUUAGUUUUUCAACAACACAAACUGCUGAAAAACCUAAGCAACUAAAUCUUGAUGAACAAUCAUCGGAUCCUAGUUCAGAUAGCCCUUGUGAUAAGGAAAAAAGGAAACAUCUGUAUAGACAAACAGCCACAGAAGUAGAUGGCUGUGUAGAUAUGACACUAGGUGAAAAGCUUAAGAGUAUACAAGUUAAUGAGAAAAUCACCCCAUAUAUAAUGCAUGCCAAGAAAACUGCACUAAAAGCACCAGUGAACCGCAGAAUGCCUCAUGUUUCAAACACUAGCAAGCUUUCUCCAACUAAGAGGAGCUUGUCUGAAACAGUAACUCAUAGGGCCAAAAUCAUGAAAAUUGCUGCUAAGAAACGAAAUAGUGUUCAUGUUACUUUUAGACCAUCUACUGAGUCUGUCCAGUUUUAUAAUCCUCUGGAAAACAAAGAGGCUCCAUGGAAGAUGAGACUACGGAAGCUCAGUGGCUUUAGCAGUAGUAGCAAUAGCAGUGCCAGCAACACACAGACCAGCUCAACUAGUGGUACAGACCUUGUAAAACCUGGUGUGUACAGACCUCUAGAUACGAUUGGUGCAGCAUCAAUUAGCAAAACAGUGAAGGAAUCCAUAGAGAUUCCCACCACCACAUCACAGAAAGAAGGAAUUUCAAGUAACCAGUUAGGGAGUCGCAGUAAUCUUAGGUCAUCAAGUCAUGAGGCAGGACUACAGCAGGGCUCCCUGGGUGGCGUUUAUAAAACUGUUGUACAUGCUCUUUCGAAGCCGAAGGCAAAUGUUUCCCCACAGAGGCAGAACAGAAUGCCACCAGAGGCUCCACUGAGGGAUCUGUACAGUCAUGUAAUGGGCUAUUUUGGAAGGAAAGCUGCAGUAAAUAAAGAGGACACGAGCCCCAAGCUGCCUCCUCUUAAUAGUGACACUGGCGGCAGCAGUGCUAAUGUUCCUGACCUGAUGGAUGAGUUCAUAGCAGAGCGGCUUCGAAGUGGGAAUGCCUCGACUAUGACAAGAAGGGGAAGUAGUCCAGGCAGCCUUGAAAUUCCGAAAGACCUCCCUGACAUUCUAAACAAGCAGAACCAGAUGCGUCCUGUUGAUGACCCAGGUGUACCCUCAGAAUGGACAUCUCCUGCCAGUGCAGGGAGCAGUGAUCUUAUGAGCUCGGAUAGUCAUUCGGAUUCUUUCAGUGCUUUCCAGUGUGACGGACGAAAGUUUGACAACUUUGGCUUUGGAACUGACAUUGGGAUUCCGUCCUCUGCUGAUAUGGAUUCAGGUUCUGGCCAUCAUCAGAGCACUGAGGAGCAGGAAGUGGCUAGCCUAACAACACUUCAUUUAGAUUCAGAAACAAGCAGCCUUAAUCAGCAAGCCUUUUUGGCUGAAGUUGCAACAGUUACUGGUUCAGAAAGUGCUUCUCCAGUUCAUUCAGCUCUGGGAUCCAGAUCACAGACACCUUCCCCAUCUACACUAAAUAUAGAUCACAUGGUACAGAAGGAUCUGCAGCUGGAUGAGAAGCUCCACCACUCUGUUCUGCAGACGCCAGAUGAUCUAGAAAUCAGUGAAUUUCCAUCUGAAUGCUGUAGCGUGAUGGCAGGAGGUACUCUCACUGGGUGGCAUGCUGAUGUUGCUACUGUUAUGUGGCGAAGAAUGCUGGGCAUUCUGGGAGAUGUCAAUGCUAUUAUGGACCCUGAAAUACAUGCUCAAGUGUUUGAUUACCUCUGUGAACUUUGGCAGAAUCUAGCUAAGAUCAGAGAUAAUCUUGGCAUUUCAGCAGAUAACCUGACUUCACCCUCUCCACCUGUUUUGAUUCCUCCACUAAGAAUUCUUACACCGUGGCUUUUUAAGGCAACCAUGUUGACUGAUAAGUAUAAACAAGGUAAAUUACAUGCAUAUAAACUUAUUUGUAAUACAAUGAAGAGAAGACAAGAUGUAUCUCCAAAUAGAGAUUUUUUAACACAUUUCUACAAUAUAAUGCAUUGUGGAUUGCUUCAUAUUGAUCAGGACAUUGUCAAUACAAUCAUCAAACACUGCUCACCUCAGUUUCUUUCACUUGGUUUGCCUGGUGCCACAAUGCUCAUUAUGGAUUUUAUUAUAGCAGCUGGGAGAGUGGCUUCUUCAGCUUUUCUUAAUGCACCAAGAGUGGAAGCGCAAGUUCUUCUGGGAUCCUUAGUUUGCUUUCCCAACUUAUACUGUGAACUGCCUGCUCUCCAUCCCAACAUCCCUGAGAUCGCUGUGUCUCAGUUUACAGAUGUUAAGGAACUUAUAAUUAAAACUGUAUUAAGCUCAGCAAGAGAUGAACCCUCUGGUCCUGCACGAUGUGUAGCACUUUGCAGUUUAGGUAUUUGGAUUUGUGAAGAAUUAGUUCAUGAAUCUCAUCAUCCUCAAAUUAAAGAAGCUCUGAAUGUAAUUUGUGUUUCAUUAAAGUUUACUAAUAAAACGGUUGCCCACGUAGCUUGUAACAUGCUUCACAUGCUGGUUCACUAUGUACCUAGACUUCAGACUUACCAGCCGGAUUCGCCCUUGAAAAUUAUUCAGAUCUUAAUAGCUACUGUCACCCACCUUUUGCCAAGUACAGAAGCUUCAUCAUAUGAAAUGGACAAGAGGUUGGUUGUAUCAUUACUUCUUUGCCUUCUGGACUGGAUCAUGGCCUUACCUUUAAAGACAUUACUCCAACCAGUCCAUGCUACAGGAACAGAAAAUGAUAAGACAGAAAAAUCUGUCCUCAACUGCAUUUAUAAGGUAUUACAUGGGUGUGUAUAUGGAGCACAAUGCUUUAGCAAUCCGAAGUAUUUUCCAAUAAGCCUUUCUGAUUUGGCAUCUGUAGACUAUGAUCCUUUUAUGCAUUUGGAAAGUCUGAAAGAGCCUGAACCUCUACACUCUCCUGAUUCAGAACGAUCUUCUAAACUCCAGCCCGUAACAGAAGUGAAAACUCAGAUGCAACAAGGAUUGAUCUCUAUAGCAGCCCGUACUGUUAUUACCCAUCUGGUGAAUCACUUGGGCCAUUAUCCAAUGAGUGGUGGUCCUGCUAUGCUGACAAGUCAGGUCUGUGAAAAUCAUGACAAUCAUUACAGUGAAAGUACUGAACUUUCUCCUGAGCUCUUUGAAAGUCCAAAUAUUCAGUUCUUUGUGCUGAAUAAUACAACUUUGGUGUCCUGUAUCCAGAUAAGAGCAGAAGAAAGUUUGCCUGGAGGAGGGUUAGCCGCUGGCCUUGUGUCAGCCAAUUCAAAUGUUAGAAUCAUAGUGCGUGAUCUCUCUGGAAAGUACUCAUGGGAUUCUGCCAUACUGUAUGGGCCACCCAUUGUGAGUAGUUUGUCUGAACCUACAUCUUUCAUACUUUCAAUGUCUCACCAAGAGAAGCCAGAAGAGCCUCCUACAUCUAAUGAAUGCUUAGAAGACAUAACAGUAAAAGAUGGACUUUCUCUACAGCUUAGAAGAUUUAGAGAAACUGUACCAACUUGGUCUACAAUAAGGGAGGAGGAAGAUGCUCUUGACGAGCUCCUGCAAUAUUUAGGCACUACGAGUCCUGAAUGUUUACAGAGAACUGGAAUCUCCCUCAAUGUCCCUGCUCCACAACCUGUGUGCAUUUCUGAAAAACAGGAGAAUGAUGUCAUUAAUGCUAUCCUUAAGCAAUACACAGAAGAAAAAGAGUUUGUAGAGAAGCACUUUAAUGACUUAAACAUGAAAGCCUCAGAACAAGAUGAACCAACACCUCAGAAGCCUCAGUCAGCAUUUUAUUACUGCAGAUUGCUUCUUAGUAUCUUGGGAAUGAAUUCCUGGGACAAACGGAGGAGCUUUCAUCUCCUGAAGAAAAAUGAAAAGCUGCUCAGAGAACUUAGGAACUUGGAUUCAAGGCAGUGCCGAGAGACACACAAGAUUGCAGUAUUUUAUGUUGCUGAAGGACAAGAAGAUAAAUACUCCAUUCUCACCAAUAUAGGAGGAAGCCAAGCAUAUGAAGAUUUUGUAGCUGGUCUUGGUUGGGAGGUAAAUCUUACAAAUCAUUGUGGCUUCAUGGGAGGACUACAGAAGAACAAAAGCACUGGACUGACCACUCCAUAUUUUGCUACCUCUACAGUUGAAGUAAUAUUUCAUGUAUCAACAAGAAUGCCUUCUGAUUCUGAUGACUCUCUGACCAAAAAAUUGAGACACCUAGGAAAUGAUGAAGUACACAUUGUUUGGUCAGAACAUACUAGAGACUACAGAAGAGGAAUUAUUCCUACAGAAUUUGGUGAUGUCCUCAUUGUAAUAUAUCCAAUGAAAAACCACAUGUUCAGUAUCCAGAUCAUGAAAAAACCAGAGGUUCCCUUCUUUGGUCCACUUUUUGAUGGUGCUAUUGUGAAUGGAAAAGUUCUGCCCAUUAUGGUUCGAUCCACAGCAAUAAAUGCUAGCCGUGCUCUGAAAUCCCUGAUUCCAUUGUAUCAAAACUUCUAUGAGGAGAGAGCACGGUACCUGCAAACAAUUGUCCAGCACCAUUUGGAACCAACAACAUUUGAAGACUUUGCAGCACAGGUUUUCUCUCCAGCACCCUACCAUCACUUCCCUCCUGAUUCAGAUCAUUAAGUAUCAGUUCUGUUUAUCUGAAGGAUCCUACCCAGAAAGUCUGCUCAGUGAUGCUCCCACAGCAGCCCAGGUAGAUGGGGCUGACCUGGCCUCUCCAAUGUCUCCUCGAACUAGCAAAAGCCGAAUGUCCAUGAAGCUGCGUCGGUCCUCUGGCUCAGCCAAUAAAUCCUAAGGAGACAAACAGCCCAGCAGUGAUCAGCAGCAGCCACCCUGGCACAAACGUAGUGUUAACUCUUUCUGGCCUCAUGUUUGCCAUACGUUCAUGUUUCUUCCUGUACACUUAUUUGAGAAAACACUGGACUUAAAGUAAUUUGCAACUUACUGUUUUAAAUUUGGACUAUUUAUUUAGUUCAGUUUUUUCCACACUCCAUGCUGCCGUAUUUUGAGGGGAUUGAGUUUUAUUUCAUACUCUUCACCUUCCUAGAUAAUCAUGUCUAAGUAGUGCUACCUUCAAAUUCAUGAUUAAUGUUGAGUCAAAAUAUAAUUGGACAGAUAGUCUUGUGUUAUUUAUUGUGCCUCAUUACAACUUUAUAAUUCAAUAAAUACAUAGUUUUUACAAAUGUAACCUUUUUUUGAAGUGCCAGGAAUGGAAGCCAGCAUCCCCAGCAUGCUAGGCAAGCACACUGUCCUCACAGCCCAGCCCUACCAAUGUAAAUUAAUAAAGCAUUUGUAAAGCUAGAGCAAAAGCUGCUCAUCUGUCCGUUACAUAGGAUGUGUGCAGACUGUUUGUGUUACAGACGGAAACACUGGAAUGGCCAUGCAGCAGCUCAGAUUCCAGCGGAAAUUACAUUCAUUAACUUUUUCUUCCCAAGUCAGUGUCUCAUUUCUUGGCAGUGCAAAUGACGACACAACACAUUGAAUAACUAGGAAAAUCACCACUGAACUUUGAUUUCUGCUUAGCUCCCAAACAACUUUGUUCUGCUUUUUUAGGUGGUAUCACUGUUAAAUACUGUUUCUGCUUUGAGGCUGUGGUUCUAUUAUUGACCAGUUUAUCCUGGUGUGUCUGUGUGCUUUCUGAAGUACCAAAAAGAAGGUGGUGGAAAGAAGGGUGGGAGACUUUUCUCAUAUAAAUGUUUUGCUCAAAUUAUGUGUAUUGUUUAAAAAGCAAGGGAACAUGACCCAGGAGUCUAAGUUAAAUCUAAUAUUUUAGUACUAAACUUGCUGCAGGUCAGGUUGGUAUGCAUCCCACCUCCAGAAGUAUUUCCUAUAGUAAAUAAGCUGCCCCCUUUUGUUUAACAUCCUAAGGAAAUGUAGCAUGAUUGAUACCAACUGCAUGUGUAAAUACAUCAUCCUGACAAACCACAAAAUAUAAAUUAUGUAUCAUUCAUGUAGUGUCUACAGAUUUGUAAUGGGACAAAAAGAUGACAUGGUAUUUAAUAAAACAAAAUAAAAUAUUCUUCGCAUUUCCAUUCA